GAUUCACCGAAAGGGGCACUUUGAGAUAUGAUGAGCUUUAUUUCUGGUCGGCAAUAGUACUAUGAUUUGGUAUGUGGCCACUUUGAUAGCAAGUGUAUUCAGCACCCGAGGAACGGCCGCUCAAGGUGCCCACGGAGUGCGAGAGGAGCCCCAAUUUGUGACGGCACGUGCAGGAGAGAAUGUCAUCCUGGGAUGCGACGUGUCCCACCCCCUGAACGGCCAGCCCUAUGUGGUGGAGUGGUUCAAGUAUGGAAUGCCCAUCCCCUUUUUCAUCAACUUUCGCUUCUACCCUCCUCAUGUGGACCCGGAAUACGCUGGCCGGGCCAGUCUGCACGGCAAGUCUUCCCUGCGGAUAGAGAAUGUGCGUUCAGACGACCAGGGCUGGUAUGAGUGUAAGGUGCUGAUGCUGGAGCAGCAGUAUGACACCUUCCACAAUGGCAGCUGGGUGCAUCUAACCGUUAACGCUCCCCCCACGUUCACGGACACACCAUCUCAGUACGUAGAGGCCAAGGAGGGGGGCAGCACCACUUUGACCUGCACGGCCUUCGGCAAUCCCAAACCCUCGGUCAGCUGGCUGCGGGAAGGCAGCCUCAUGGUCAGCAGUGCCAAGUAUAAGGUGUCUGACGGGAGUUUGACGGUGCUAUCCAUCACGCGGGAGGAUCGUGGCGCCUACACGUGUCGAGCCUUCAGCCCCCAGGGAGAGGCCAUUCACACCACACGGCUGCUAGUACAAGGCCCUCCAUUUAUUGUAUCGCCACCAGAGAACAUUACAGUGAACAUUUCGCAGGAUGCCUUCUUCACCUGCCAGGCGGAGGCCUACCCUCGCAACCUGACGUACACCUGGUUCUGGGAGGAGGACAACGUCUUCUUCAAGAAUGACCUAAAGCGCAGAGUCAGUAUUCUUAUCGAUGGUUCCCUCAUCAUUGCCCAAGUCAAGCCAGAGGAUGCUGGGAAAUACACCUGUGCUCCUAGCAACAGCCUGGGCCGACCACCGACUGCCUCUGCUUACCUAAUAGUGCAAUAUCCUGCCCGUGUGGUGAAUAUGCCAUCUGUCAUCUACGUGGCCAUUAGUCUACCCGGCUUCAUUCGCUGUCCUGUGGAUGCCAACCCCCCCUUAACCCUGGUUAAGUGGAAGAAAGAUGGCCUCCCUCUCCGGGUGGAUAAGUACCCCGGUUGGAGCCAAAUGGACGAUGGCAGCAUCCGUGUGGCAGAGGUGACAGAGGACUCUCUCGGCACCUAUACCUGCAUGCCUUACAAUGCCCUGGGUUCCAUGGGAUGGUCCCCUCCUGCUCCCCUGGUGCUAAAGGACCCUCCCAAAUUCUCAGUGGUUCCUGGAGGGGAGUACAGGCAGGAGGCUGGGAGAGAACUGGUCAUCCCCUGUGAGGCGGAAGGAGACCCCUUUCCCAACAUCACAUGGAGGAAGGUAGGGAAGCCCAGUAAAAGCAAGCACAAUGUUCUGCCCCGAGGCAGCUUACAGUUCAAGUCACUCACAAAGGAGGACCACGGGGAGUGGGAGUGUGUCGCCACCAACGUUGCCACGAGCAUCACUGCCAGCACGCAUGUCCAAGUCAUAGGCACAAGCCCCCACGCCCCCACCAGCGUCCAUGUGGUGGCGUCCUCCACCUGGGCCAAUGUGUCCUGGGAGGCAAGUUAUGAUGGAGGCUACCAGCAGACAUUCUCAGUCUGGUUGAAGAGAGAGCAUCUAGGUCCACAUGACUGGCUUUCUGUACCCGUGCCUGGUGGCCACGACUGGAUGGUGGUGCCCAGCUUGGAGCCAGAGACAACAUACCAGUUCAGCGUUCUGGCCCAAAACAAGCUUGGCACAGGCCCCUUCAGCGAAGUUGUCACUGUGAACACACUAGUAUUUCCUAUAAGUACCCCUGAACCAUUGGUGCUGCUUACCCCACCACGGUGCCUCACAGCCAAUCGCACGCAGCAGGGAGUCCUGCUCACCUGGAUCCCACCUGCCAAUCACACAGCACCUAUCCAGCAUUAUGUCAUGGAGUUUCGUCUGGGGGAACGAUGGGAGGUCUUGGACGACAGCAUUCCUGCUGGGGAGACGGAGCUGCUCGCCCGAGACCUUAUUCAGGAGGCAUGGUACGAGUUCCGUGUCAUGGCCAUAAUGGAUGACAUGAUCAGCGAACCUAGCAACAUAGUCGGAGUGUCCAGCACAGACGUCUUCCCUCCUCCAGAGAUGGUGGAGGAACGUGGACUAGCGAGACCAGUGGUGGCUGGCAUUGUGGCCACCAUCUGUUUCCUGGCUGCAGCUGUCCUGUUCAGUACGAUGGCUGCCUGCUUCGUCAACAAGCAGCGCCGGCGGAAGCUGAAGAGAAAAAGAGACCCCCCACUAUCCAUAACCCACUGCAGAAAAAGCAUGGAAACUCCGUCAUCUUCAGGAAAGGUGAGCCCAGAGAGCAUUCGUUCAAAGGCAUCUCCGUCAGAAUCAUCUGAAGAUAGUCAUGACCAGCGUGGGAAGAAACCACCCCCAAGUCCAGGGAAGAAGGAGGAAUUGUCUUUAUAUAUGAAGACCAAAAGAGCAAUAACAAGCAAGAAGUACAGCAUCUCGAAGCAUGAAGCUGAAGCAACAACACCCAUUGAACUCAUCAGCCGAGGCCCAGAUGGACGCUUUGUCAUAGAUCCCACUGACGCAGAAAUGUCUAUUAAGCCCCGACGAAUUGAGGGCUUCCCUUUUGUGGAAGAAUCAGACCUCUAUCCCGAAUUCCGGCAAUCAGACGAAGAGAAUGAUGAUCCCAGGCCCCUGCCACCAGUUAUGGCCCCCCUUCGGCCUCACCAGAUUUCCCCCAUCUCCAGUCAGGAAUCCUAUCUGCAACCUCCAGCCUACAGUCCUCGUUUCCAGCGGCCAUUCGAAGGUAUGACCAUCAUGGAGAGCAGUCGUCUCCAGGCCACCGGGCAGAUCCGAGGAUCUCUCCAUCACAGAGCUUUUUAUGGCUAUCUAGGCCCCCCCGGGGAUCAUGAUCCCCCACCUCCUUUUUACAUGCCUGAUACCAGCCCACUCAGCUCUGUCAUGUCCUCCCCCCCAUACCUUGCUGAAGGUCCUUUUGGUCACCCCAUGAUUCCUGAAGAAAUGGGGGAGGGCGAUUUUCCACAAUAUGCUGUCUCUGGUUUCCCACUUCCUCUGACACUCACCUCUUCCUCUCGGUCACCGGAGAUUUGGCAUGGACUGGACUUCACGUUUGCAAGUCUGGAGGGCCCCCAAUUCAUUUUUCCACCACAUCACCCUUUGCAUCUUCGCCAUGACUCCCCCUAUCCUCCUCCACCUCAUGUCCUUCCCCUUAGUGCUUUCCAGCCCUCUUCCCUUCCAAUGCCCACUUAUCCAGCUGUCUUGCCUUUGGAAGCCCCAAAGAGCCACUCAAGCAAGUCUCCUAGCAAGACCAAGCCUCAUGGCUCCCCAGCCAAGCAUUUACCUAUGCAAGAGGCACAUUUAGGGCAGCUAAGACACACAAGCCACGGCAUGGGUGUGCCGGUUUUGCCUUUCACCGAUCCAAUGGCCCAUAUUGUCCCUAGCACAUUCAGUAGCCUGGACACACGAUGGUUUGAAACCACCCCUCGUUUCAGUCCCAGACAGGCUCGCAGGAUGGAUUCCGGCAGGCAUCAGGUGGUUCUCCAGCCCUCUCGACUCUCACCCCUCACCCAAAGCCCCCUUAGUUCCCAUGAGGGCUCCCCAGAGAUUGUAGUACGUCCCCGCCCACGUCCCAACAUUACCCAACCUCCUAUACCCCCAGAGAUGUCUGAGAUUACCCUCCUCCCUCCUUCCACAGCCAGCUUCUCAAGGAGAUCUUCCCCUUCCUCCUCACCUGCCCAAGGCCCGGGUAGCAGGAGAGCAAGUCCCAGCUACCGUUCCCACAUGGCCUUUGCCACCUCUGCAACCAGCUACCCAGCUUCCCACUCCCCGUCACCCCCCAUGGAAAGCAGCAACAUAUUUGGGCAGAUGCCAUCUCAGAGGAGGACUGAGGAGGAGAUCCUUCCAUCUGAGCCCUCUCCACCCCAGUUGUCAGCUUCAGGGACACUCCCAGGUGCGCCGAGUGCCCUUCCAGGGUCUGAGAGGAUUGAUGCACUGAGAUACCAACGUAUUAAAAAGGCCAAGAAGAUAACGAUGAACAACAAUAACUCCAAGACUAGAAAGAAAACAGGUGUCUCCACCUCUCAGACCCAGCAGGCCUACACCUCUCAGGUACUCCAGCCCGAAGAAGCUCUCUACCUCCGCAAGAAGAAGAAACGGCCCAUCCUCCAUGACCCAUAUACUCGCUUUUCUGCUCUGCUUUACCGCCGCCCACCCCGGGAGGACCAGAAGGCUAUUUUGGCCAGCAUGGACAACAUAGAUCCAGACCAUGCCACCCUCCUCUAA